AUGUAUUCUCAAUGUUUGAUAGUUUUUGCUUUAAUCACUUCGAGUAUUAGUAAUCCAACGAAUAAAUUAAGUAUAAUACGUAUUGGUGCUUUGUUCGAUUUCGAACAUCCAUCAGUAAACAAUGGCCGACAAGAUUUGCGAGCAGCUCAAAUAGCUAUUACCGAAAUAAAUCAUCGUCAAAAGGAUUUGUUCCAUGGAAAUUACGUACUUCGAUUAAUAUCAAAUAAUUCUCGGUGUGAUCCGAUUUAUGCAGUGGACGCAUUUUUUCAUGCAAUUUUUCGUCGUCCACAAUUACAUUUUCUUGUUGGUACAUCAUGUUCAAAUGAAACGAAAGCCAUCAUCGAUGUUGCUGAUUAUUACAAUCUAAUUUUGUUUUCGCAUUCAACUUCAUUUAUUUCUCAAGUUAAUCAAUCGUAUUCAACAUUAGUGCGACUUUCUGUAUCAGAUGAGAAUUAUAAUGAUGCUCGUGUCGCUUUUAUUAAAUAUAAUAAUUGGUCUCAUACAGCUAUUAUUCAUCAAGAUUCCAUUGAACAAUCUCUUGUAACUAAAAUUUCUCUAAUCGAAAAGUCAAAUUUUCGAGCUCUUUGCUUUUUCAUUUCAAAGAUGAUGGCAAAAUUAGCUAAAUAUCUAAAUGAAUCCAAUAUAAAUGUUUUAUUUACUCAAAGUGCAUCACGACUUAAUCUAACAUCAGCAUUACGAAAUCUUCAAGGAAAAAAAGCUCGCAUUGUCUUUGUUAAUUUUGAUACAUCAUCACGUGCUAUAUUCUUUUGCGACGUGUAUCGAACAUUUAUUAAAGAAGUACGUGAACGUUAUGUAUGGAUUUUAACUGGAAAUGAUUAUGAUUCAUGGAAUUUUUCAAUUAGUAAUUGUACAAAAGAAGAAAUUUUAGAUGCAGCUCACGGUCAUAUUAUUAUCGAUAGUUCAUAUACAAGAAAACCUAGUUGCAUUAAUCCAAAUAUGGGACCAGUUUCUUUUCGAAAUCGUCAACGGCAAGCUGAAACUGUCAUAAGUCAAUUUCAAAUUGAUACACAUCGUCGACAUUCUAUUCGAAUUAUUGCUGAAUAUUCACAACUAUCAGGAUUUAAUACGACUUGUUCCAAAUGUCGAGCAUUGCUUUGGCCAAAUAAAAUACCAGUGGAUACAGAACGAACUGAAAUUCGACGUGUACUUUUAAAAUUUACCGAUAUUAUACUGGUCACUGUGGCUUGUGUAUUGGGUCUUGGUUUAGCCAUCUUCUUUUUAAUAUUUAAUAUUAUUCAUCGACACGAACGUUAUAUCAAAUUAUCAAGUCCUAAGUUAAAUAAUGUAUUAAUUAUUGGUGCAAUGCAUAUUCAUAUUGCUAUACUUCUUUUUGGUUUUGAUCAAUGGUUUCUUGAACAUAACAUUCCUGAACAUGCAUGCAUAGUACGCAUCUUUCUUUUGUCUGGAGGAUUUUCAUUAACAUUUGGUUCAAUGUUUUUAAAAACUCUACGAGUUUAUCGUAUAUUUACAUCCAAUGAUCGGCCAUUACUUCAUUCAAAACUUCUUCAGGACUAUUAUCUAUUACUGAUAUGUUUAUACCUCUACGGUAUUGAUGCAAUAUUCACAAUUGUCUGGCAAUAUUUCGAUCCUCAUUUCAUCGUAUUCGCUUAUGGAUCGAUUCGACGCCUCGAUAUGGAUACAGUUGUUUCGGACGAAAUCUAUUACUGUAAUUCAAAAUAUCGGCAAAAAAUUUUACCAUUUCUUUAUCUUUAUAAAUCCUUAUUUCUUAUUGUUGGUGGUUAUCUAGCUGCUAAAACUCGUCAUGUUCAUAUAGCAGCAUUAAAUGAUUCAAAAUUUAUUGUUUGGAGCAUAUAUAUUGUUGUUUUAACUAGUUUAUUUACGGUUAUUGUAAUGUUAUCAAUACAAAAUUUACGCGUCUAUAUUGUUCUAUGUUUUGUUGUUAUUAUGAUGACAAGUGUUAUUAUAUGUCUUGUCUUUCUACCGAAAGUAUCGAAACUAAAACAUCGAAAUCAAGGAGAAGUGGUUUCAAAAGAAUUAUAUAUGGAUGAUUCACGCACACGACGUCUAGCUGUUGAAAUAAGUUAUUUUGAAGUACAUCGUUAUGCACAAUUACAAAAUCGAGAAUUGAAAGCAGAACUUAUUCGAUUUAAUCAUGCUUUAACUACGCUUCAACAAAGACUGGAAUCAACCUCUACAACAGUCACUAUGGCGCUAUUCCCAUUUGCUGUUCGUUUCGCUUCGACAUUUUUACCAAAAACAGAUGUUCUAACAUCCAAUACUCUUUCAAAUCAUAAAACUAAUGAAGAAACAGUUGCAUUUGAUGAAGAAGCAACUACGAUUGGUAUUCAUUCUAACGAAGAAAAUGACAAGGACAGUAUCGUUGAUACGACAACUAGUUCUGAUAGUUUUCUACAUGAAUUUAAACAACAGACAACAUCAUCAUCUGAUAGUGAUCUUUCAGUAGCUUUACAGUCGUUCAUUGACACAAGUUCAUUACCAUUGUCAUCUAUUGAUAAUCAGCAAAACGUGACGACCGAUAAUGAGGAAUCUAGUUCAUUAUCACCAACACAAAUAAUGAGUGAUAAUGAAUCGGUGCUUUACUUACAUUUAGCCAAUGAAUUAAAUAUGACUAAAGCAACAUUGGAUAGUGAUCUUGAUCGAGUAGGUCGAUGA